AUGGUCAUCGGAUCCCUCAACAUGGACCUGGUCGCCUACGUGCCGCACCACCCCUUGCCAGGCGAGACGCUGACGGCCGACCACUUCGCCACGUCGCCCGGCGGGAAGGGCGCCAACCAGGCCGUAGCCUGCUCCAAGCUCUCCCGUCGGCGGGACGUCAGUGACCUGGUCGAGGAUCCCGGACCAGCAGCCUACGUCGCCAUGGUGGGCUGCGUCGGCAAAGACGACUACGGCGCCCGGCUCAAGCAGAGUCUGUGCGACUACGGGGUCCACGUGCAUGGCGUCGAGCGGCGCGAAGGCGUGCAGACCGGCGUGGCGCUCAUCAUCGUGGACGGCCCCACGGGCGAGAAUCGGAUCGUGCUCCACCCCGGCGCGAACCAUGCUCUCGUGCCGGCGGACCUGGCCAUGCGUAUUGAGUUGGACGUGAAUGAAGAUAGCUUGAGAGAGGGGCAGGAUUGGAGGGUGCCGGAUCUGUUUAUCCUGCAGCUCGAGAUCCCCUUCGAGACGGUGCUGGCUGUGCUGAGAAUUGCCGGGCGAGCGAGGGAUGUGCUGCUGAAUCCGGCGCCGGCGAGGAAGUUGCCCGACGCGGUGUACGACGGGCUGGCGCACCUGGUGCUGAACGAGACGGAGGCGGCGAUCCUGGGGGAGGUGGAGCAAGCCUCGCUGGACGACGAGAAGGGGCUGCAGACGGUGGCGGAGCGGUUUGUGGACAAGGGGGUGAGGAAUGUGAUCAUUACGCUGGGCGGCAGGGGCGCGUACUACAUGAGCAGUGACGGGAGGAAAGGAUUGGUGCCCGCGGAGAAGGCCAAGGUGGUGGAUACUACUGCCGCCGGGGACACGUUUGUGGGACAGUAUGCGCUGGAGGUGGUGGGUAAGCAACAGACCGAGAUCGAUAUUGAGGCGGCCGUGAGGAAGGCGAAUAGGGCGGCUGCGAAGACGGUUGAGAGGGCCGGGGCGCAGGACUCGAUUCCCUGGAGGGAAGAGCUGGAGUAG